AUGUAUGUCGUUAAAAGAGACGGUCGAAAGGAAAAAGUCAUGUUUGACAAAAUAACAAGCAGAGUAUCCAAGCUUUGCUACAAUUUAAACAACGACCAUGUUGAUCCGGCUGCUAUAACCAUGAAAGUAAUUGCUGGUAUUUAUAACGGUGUGACGACUGUGGAACUAGAUACCCUGGCCGCUGAAAUUGCCGCGUCAAUGACUACAAACCAUCCUGAUUAUGCGCUUCUUGCUGCUCGUAUUGCAGUUUCUAAUUUGCAUAAAGAAACGAAAAAAACUUUCAGUGUUGUCAUGGAUGAAUUAUACAAUUAUGUUAACCCCAAGAAUGGCAAGCAUUCACCAAUGAUUUCUAAAGAAACUCACGAAAUCAUAACUAAGCAUUGUGAGCGCCUAAAUUCUGCAAUUAUUUACGAUCGUGACUACAACUACAACUUCUUUGGCUUUAAGACGCUAGAGCGAUCGUAUUUGUUGAAAAUUGAUAAAAAAGUGGCUGAGCGACCCCAGCAUAUGUUAAUGCGUGUUUCUGUUGGUAUCCACGGGGAAGACAUCGAUGGUGCAAUUGAGACAUAUAAUUUAAUGUCCGAACGUUGGUUUACACACGCUUCGCCAACGCUUUUUAAUGCUGGUACCUGCAGACCUCAAUUAUCUAGCUGUUUUCUACUUACAAUGUCGGAUGAUAGUAUUGAGGGUAUAUAUGAUACACUUAAACAGUGCGCUUUGAUUUCUAAAUCUGCUGGUGGGAUUGGCUUAAGUGUGCAUUGUAUUAGAUCAUCUGGAAGCUAUAUUGCAGGGACUAAUGGUCAUUCGAAUGGACUAGUGCCAAUGCUUCGAGUAUACAACAAUACAGCAAGAUAUGUUGAUCAGGGUGGAAAUAAGCGCCCUGGAGCUUUUGCAAUCUAUUUAGAGCCAUGGCAUCCGGAUAUUUUUGAUUUUCUAGACUUGAAAAAGAAUACUGGAAAAGAAGAGCAGAGGGCGCGAGAUUUGUUUUAUGCAAUGUGGAUGCCGGAUUUGUUUAUGAAACGAGUUGAAGAAAACGGAGUAUGGUCGUUAAUGUGCCCGAAUGAUUGUCCAGGUUUACAUGAUACUUAUGGCGAAGAAUUUGAAAAGUUAUAUACAGAGUAUGAAGACGCUGGAAAGUUUAUUCGACAAGUUCGAGCGCAAAAACUCUGGUUCGCAAUCUUGGAAGCCCAAGUAGAAACUGGUACUCCUUACAUGUUAUAUAAAGAUGCGUGCAAUCGUAAAAGUAAUCAAAAGAAUUUAGGCACAAUCAAAAGCAGCAAUCUUUGUACGGAAAUUAUAGAAUAUACAAGCCCUGAUGAGGUUGCUGUAUGUAAUCUCGCCUCGAUUGCUUUACCUCGGUUCGUAAGACCUGACAAAACCUUUGACUUUCAUAAGUUGGCGGAAGUGACUAAAGUAAUUACACGCAAUCUGAACAAAAUCAUAGAUAUUAACUUCUAUCCUGUACCGGAGGCUGAGAAAUCUAACAAAAGACAUAGGCCUAUCGGGAUUGGAGUUCAGGGAUUAGCUGAUGCUUUUAUUCUAAUGCGUUUCCCGUUCGAUGGACCAGAGGCUCGCGACUUGAAUAUAAAAAUUUUUGAAAGUAUUUAUUAUGGUGCUCUACAGGCUAGCUGUGAGCUAGCAAAAGAAGUUGGUCCAUACGAAACCUAUGAGGGGUCUCCAGCAAGUCAAGGGCAAUUACAAUUUGACUUGUGGGAAAAGCAACCGACUGAUUUAUGGAACUGGAAUUCGUUAAAAGAAGACAUCAAAAAGUAUGGCUUACGAAAUAGCUUACUAUUAGCUCCAAUGCCAACGGCUUCUACUGCUCAAAUCCUUGGUAAUAACGAAUCAAUUGAGCCGUAUACAAGCAAUAUUUAUUCUAGACGUGUUUUGUCAGGAGAAUUCCAGGUGGUCAACCAGCAUUUGCUGAAAGAUUUAACGGAUAUGGGUGUUUGGAAUGAUAUGAUGAAAAAUGAACUUAUUGCUAAUAACGGCUCUAUUCAAAAAAUAAACAACAUACCAGAUGAUAUUAAAGCGUUAUAUAAAACCGUAUGGGAAAUUUCUCAAAGAACCUUGAUCGAUAUGGCAGCUGAUCGGGGAGCUUACAUUGAUCAAAGUCAAUCAUUUAACGUACAUAUUGCUGAGCCCAAUUUUGCGAAGUUAACCAGCAUGCAUUUUUACGCCUGGAAAAAGGGCCUGAAGACUGGCAUGUAUUAUUUACGGACAAAGCCGGCGGCCAGUGCUAUACAAUUUACUGUAGAUAAAGAAAAAUUGCAGAAAGAUAGAGAAAGUGCGAUGGUUUGCUCUCUCGAAAAUAAGGAAGCCUGUUUGAUGUGUAGUGGUUAA